GCUCAAACGGUUCUGUAUCCGCCUUUACGGAUAGCUUGUUGAAGGAAGUGAAGUCUGUCAAACAUGAGUUUCCACUACGGCCAGGGCUACCCAGGAGGAGGUCACCCACCACCAGGUGCUCCAUACAUGGGAGGUGGUGGUCCUCACCCCUCAGCUCCGUACGGAGGUGCAGCACGUCCACCAGGAGGUCCUUAUGGUGGUUAUGGAAGCCCAGGACAUGGAGGGCAGUAUGGGCAUGCACCAGGGGGUGCUCCUGGUGGGCCUUAUGGAGGUUAUGGGGGACAGUCUCAUGGAACACCUUAUGGACACCACGCUCCAGCAGGUAACAUCCCCCCUGGUGUUAACCUUGAGGCGUACCAGUGGUUCCAGAGUGUUGACACGGACCACAGCGGCUUCAUCAACCUUAAGGAGCUGAAGCAGGCACUUGUCAACUCCAACUGGUCUGCCUUCAAUGACGAGACCUGCCUCAUGAUGAUCAACAUGUUUGACAAGACGCGGACAGGCCGUAUGGACCUGUUUGGCUUCUCAGCCCUGUGGGACUACAUGCAGAGGUGGAGAGCUCUCUUUCAGCAAUAUGACAGAGACCGCUCAGGAUGUAUCAGUGGCCCAGAGCUGCACCAAGCCCUCGCACAGAUGGGCUACAACCUGAGUCCCCAGUUUUCUGAGCAGUUGGUGCGUCGCUACAUCGUGCGAGGCGGGCCGCAUGGCAUCCAGCUGGACCGCUUCAUCCAGGUGUGCACCCAACUCCAGAGCAUGACGCAGGCCUUCAGGGAGAGAGACACAGCCAUGACGGGCAACGUCCGCCUCAACUAUGAAGAGUUCCUUUCUUGUGCCAUCACCAGGCUCAUGUGAGCCUCAUUCCACUGACAAUGCCUCUGCACUGUGGUUGCACAGAGUCAUUCCAUGUUCAGGUCAUAUUUUGUUCAGUUUUCAAAGUGCUCCCACCUGUUUGUUUGCAUACAGGAUAUCAACAAGUACACAUUAUUCCGUGGCUUGUUGCUGUAAAUAGACAAAGCCUAACACCAUGGACCUUCAGUGGCGAUCUUAAAGGUUCUGGAUAGCUUCACCAGAGGUCAGCAGGAAAGUGACUGUGGCUUCAUAACAUAAGUCACCGCAUGCUGUACUUUCUUCUUAACAAUCAUAAUUUUACCACAGAUGCCUUGGUGAUAUUAACCAUUAGCAAGUUUUUUUUUUAUUAGUACCAGUAUUUCUCAGUUAUAAUACUGAUAAAAUUACAUUUAACUUGGCACUUGUUUACACGUUUAAUUAACUGAAAGUAGACCUGAGAGCCCCACUGACCACAUAUCUAUCAGGACUGAAACAGUGUAAAGUCUUGACUAGAGGAGGUAACAGGAAAUAAAUGAAAGAACAAGAUCAGUAGUAAUAAAUGAAAUGCAUUAGACUGCAUUUCAUUUACUAUGCUGAACUGUAUUAACUAUAUUAUAUAACAUUAACAUGUUCAUGUGCCAUUUAAACGACCAUACUUUUUGAACUGUAUGUGUAUCAGGGGUAUUCAGCAGUUCCUAAAGAUACCUCUAUGCAAUGCUUGAACAUUUGUGUGUAUUGCAAUGCGUGUAUUUGAAACAAAAAAAGACCAGAUUUUUUUAUACUAGAAUUAUUCUCAUACUCUCAUGUGCAGUGGGAUUUUGUUAAAGUUUUGUUACUAAUUGAUUUAGAGUUAGCAUAUUAAAAAUAAGGAACACGUUUAUUAUAAUAUUUGCAAAAUGGAUCUGUGACGAAAAUAGACACAAAGCACUAAAUGAAAAGUGUCCCCACUUAUGUUUGCAAGUGUCACCUCUAAGAAAAUUCAAUGAUUGUUAGGCCAGUACAUUUAGUAUCUGUAUUUACUGAUUACACACCCCACUGACGUAUGUAUCCUGAAAUCAUUAAACAUGCCAAAAUUGUUCGUCAUGCCAAAGACAAAUAAAUGCUUUUGUAUCAUA